CCUUCCUCCCCCCCACCUUCGCCGCGGCUGAGAUCCCGGGUCCAAGAUGGAGUCUCUGAGCAAAGCGGGGCAGGACAUGAGCCUGGCGGCCUUAAAGCAGAACGACCCCUACAUCACCAGCAUCGCCGACGUGACCGGCCAGGUGGCCCUUUACUGCUUCAGCCCCAAGUCCAACGAGUGGGAGAAGACUGACAUUGAAGGUACUUUAUUUGUAUAUAAAAGGUCUGCGUCACCUUACCAUGGCUUCACAAUUGUGAAUCGACUGAAUAUGCACAACUUGGUUGAGCCUGUAAACAAAGACUUGGAGUUUCAACUACACGAGCCCUUUCUUCUGUACAGAAAUGCUAACUUGUCAAUUUACAGUAUCUGGUUCUAUGACAAGAAUGACUGUCAUCGAAUAGCAAAACUCAUGGCAAAAGUAGUGCAAGAAGAAGCUCAGAGAUCCCAGCUGCUGUUCCAGGACAGAAGAAAUGUCAGCAGGAUUAAUGGAUGCACUGAUAUCCUAGAGAUGCUUAGCAAAGCUAAGGUUGAAUAUGAACAGAAUCAGAAGAGUGACCUCAUUUGUUGGACACAACCAAGUGCAAAUCCCACAAAGACGGAAAAUACAGAGAUUUCAGAGCAUGGAUCAUCAAUGUUACAAAUGCAAGACCAUCCAUGCUCAUCCAUACCAAAACACCUAACAGUGGAAGAGUUAUUUGGAACUUCAUUUCCAAAGGAACACAGUACAGUUCCCUACUCUAAUCCAGAGAGAACCAAGAAGCCUGACGCCUCAUGCAGAGAGCACAAUUUGCUCCUUCCUUUUUCAUUUGAGCAGUCGACAGUGAUCCAUCAGCCUCUGGGGAAACUGGAUGGCUCAAGCUUCAAAAGUAAUUCUUGUACCUUACUGCCACAGGAGUGUAUGCCACCCUUACUGAUUGCCUCACCUUCUGCCCCACAACCUGAAGUGAAUAAAGCUUCAAACUAUGCCAUACAGCUAAGCCCUAACCUUAAUUCCACUCUGGCCACGGAAGCUCCCUGCGUGCAAAUGCUUCAGAGCGGCAGCACAAACAAUAACAUGCUGCAAGUUAUGCAGCAGGCUGCCAAGCAAAUGUCUCCGCUUGUGAAUCAGCAGCCGUCUGAUGUGAACCACGGUCCGCAGAACAUCACUCCCAGUCAGAACCAAUUCUUAACAUCUUUGGCUGCAACCAGUACAGAAAGUGCUUCGAACAUGCCGCUUCCAAAUACGGAUCUCCUUCAAAAACUCAGGUUGACCCCACAACAUGAUGUUAUGCAGCAGUCGGUAAAUAAAGCGCCAGUAGCGCCUAACUCUUCUUCUGCCGCUAGCCAGCUGGCAACCCCAGAUCGUUUCAAAGAAUCCCACACCAAACAAGCCCUGACUGGUAAAGCGAUUGCACCUGUUCAGGUUGCACAGCAAAGCAAAGAGCUUGAAACAUUUUCACACCCCAAAGCUUUGUCGAAGGCAAGCCAAGUUGCUUCCCCACAGUUUGCUGCAGCUACAACCACAAUGGCACCUUCAGUCCUCCUGUCACCUAGUGUGUUCCAACAGUCAGCUAUGAAGUCCUCCGACAUCGAAAACAAAGUUGGUUCCUCUUCUCCUCUCACGCUUGGAGCAGUAGAUGUUCCAACAUUACCUCCGACAGUUCUUACUAGAUCUCAGCUUCAAGAAACCUUAAUAUAUCUAAUAAAGAAUGAUGCGAAUUUUCUUAGUACGCUUCAUGAAGUUUAUUUACAAGUCUUGACCAAGAAUACGGACAGCAUCAAACUAUAACUGAAGUAAAUACAGUUCAACUUACCACCUAAUAGUUUCAGAAACAAUUAUGCCUCUUCUGUGAAACUGUUAAUAUUUUUAAAGGUUGUUUUUAGUUGAAGUUUUAAGUUUUGUUAAAGUAAGGAGACCUUGUCCCUUAAAAUUGCAUAACUAAUGUUCUCAGAAGUGAUCUAGGUUUCACUGUGACCAACCACCAGCAGGCUUUUAUUUCUGUAUGCCAAAAAUGGUCUUCAUGUUUUAACAGCACAUUGUUUUUGAGUGGGUUUAGAGUAAUAUGAAAAACUGUUUUGAUUUUUCUCUAUCUGGUACAUAUGUCUAAAUAAUUAGGGUGAAUGUGGCCUAAGCCAUCUUCGGCAGUUGAGUAAAGAUAACAAGUUGUGAAGCCAGCUUCUGAUUUAAAGAGCCAUGGAAGGAAUGCAGAAGAUCAUUUUAGGCUUUGGAAGGAAACAGUGGAAAGCAUUGUAAAAAUGCUGGGGGUUUUUUUAGCUUUGAGCUGGGUGGACUCAGCAUGGUAUUGACCAUCAAAUUGACUCUCUUAAUAUGCAGUGUUGGCUUAUGCAUCCUAAUGUUUUACUAAGGCAAAAUCAAGAUGGAUUAUGAAAUACCCCUUUAACAAUACUUGCAGUGUGCUUAUAUUUUGUUUAUGGUACUAUUUUCAAGCAAAUAAUUUUAAAACAGAAAUGGUUGGAACAUCAUUGUGGUCAUCUUAUUGUCCUUUCCAGGCUUAAUGCAAAUUUUGGAGGUUUGCCUGUAGCAUAGAUGGGAAGGAACCCAGAGAAAUGUGUAUAAUUUCGUUUGUGGUGUUCAAAAACGGGCACAUAAACAACAAAUGCAGUCUGCUCUUCUCCCAAUAUUUUCCCUCCAUUUGCAGGUUUUUGUGAGUUCUCAUAGAAGGUUAAGAUUUCAUUACCACUGUAAAGAUCAAACUUCUUCCCAAAGGAAGUUGCUCUGAUCUCCUUCUUGUUUUAUAUGCUGCUAUCGGUCUCUCCUUGACUUGUAUUUAUUUCAUUAUGGCAUGUGAUAGUAGCUAGCAAUACUCUAGUGUAACAUAAAUCUCAAUAUGUUCAAGCAAUACUAAUAUUAAAGGAUGGGGUGGUUUUUGUUUUUUAGUAGAAGGUCUUUGUUUUAUAUUGUGAAAGGUAAUUUUGUAAUCCUUUUAACCUAUCAACACACACUGCUUAUUUGUCAAAGCAUUGCUGGAAUGGAGGAUCCAUGUGUUACAAUCAGUUUCCUGUGCAAGCCAUUGAAACGAGUAGGGCUUGAUAAAAAGCACAGCCAGGAUCUUAUAAAGGCCCCCUUCUUUUGGUAGAGUUUGCAAUGGAAAAGGUCCUGAAUUAGAAUGUACCUGUUGCUCUUAAAAUUUAAAUGUAACGGUGAUCCCUUCAAGGUAUCUGCAAUUCAUCUAAUUAUGAUUCCACCACAAAUCAGUGUUUUGAUAUAUAGUGUGUUGGAUUUUUAAAAAAUCAAAAUAUGUACUUCAUUUUGAGUGAUUUUAAGUAGGUGUUUUUAUGUUUAGCAAAAUCUGCCUUUUGAGAGAACCUCUUCGGCCUUUGAACUCAGUGUUUCUAGUUGCAAACAUAGUAUUUUAUAUCAGAUAUAUGUGCAGAAUUCAGGGAAAUAUGUUAGUAGUGAUAUGCAUAUUUGACUAAUGUUUUGGCUUUAAUGGUAAAACUAAAAUGCAUCUUUUCAGGCUUUCUAGACUUUUUUUUUAUGAAACAUGAGAGCUCUACAUAAAUGCUGGACCUUUGAUAGCACACCCAUGUAUGUGCACCAACAAAAACAUGCUUGCUUAUUUAAACAGAAUUAUUCUGUAUGAAGCUUUUUCCUGGGGGUGGGGCAGGAAUCAAGCCACUUCAGUACUCUUCAGUUUAUUUUAAGUGGCUAUAUUAACCAUACCCCCUGAACCAAAUUUAUAUAAUGCUGUGUUUGUAGAUAAUAAAGACUCAAGAACAGUCCUUAAUUAUUGUGGAUGGAAAGAAGAAAACCUUCUUAGCCAUAAGCAUAAUAUUGGAGGAAUAAUUAUAUUGAGCUGAACUUUGUCACAAUGUUCAAAGUAAGCAUUGUAUCCAGAUAUCUGAAAAUGAAACCGAAGUAGCCAGUGUGGUGCCCUCCAGAUGUUGAACUGCAACUCCCUGGCCACUGACCAUACUGGGUAGGGCUGUUGGGAAUAGCAAUCCAACAUCUGGGGGACACGUUGGCUACCCCUGCUAUAAAGGGUUCCCUGAUAUUGAAUGUACCAUUACGGUUUUGUUUCUUCAAGGGGUUAGUGAGAGAGAGUUUUGCUUCAAACAUCAUCACUGUUUCAAAGAAUAUUUGUCCCAAUACACUUGGUCCUCCUGUUUACUAUUUUGCAUUAUAAUUCCCUAGAAACCUCAUCUGGUAGCUUGUCAGGUCAGAGUUCUCAACUGACAGAAGUAUCUGCAACAUCAAUAAAUAGUUCUCUGCUUCCAAAGAAUUCCCUUAGCUAGAAGAAAGUUGAACUUUUUUUUGUCAGAUUUGCAUUAACCUAGGAUCUUACACACACCAUUAACAACAUUUGUGUAUGUAGCAGGCUCAAUCUGGGAGAUCACAGGCAAACUACGCAAUGCAAAGCAGCAUUCUGCUUUUAUAGCUUAUUGUAGCGUGAGAAGUUAACAAACGAAACAAAACAAAACUUUUUAAGAAUUGCUUUGAAAAACAAAACUCUGCUGCAAGGUAAAAAUCACAGAAGCUUACAAAAUGUAGAAAUCACUGGACAGCUUUAGCCUGAUUACAUAUGGUCAUAUCCAACAGUAAUCAUACUCAGAGUAAACCUAUUGAAAUUGAUGGAAUUAAGUUCCUUAAGUUGAAUGAUUACAAUAGGUCUGUUCUCAGUGCGAUUUAGUCUUUUAAUCUCUUGUAGAAGUUUAGAGUUAUAAUGAAACAUUUUAUUCUUACCUGCAUGUAACAGUAACAAAUACAUAGCUAACCUACUUGGGCCAUUCUUUUCAAGCUUAUAUUUUAGCAAGGUAUUUCCCACAAGCAAAUGAAUGAUUUUAGACUGUCCUAAAAAUCAAUAUUCAGUAUCUAAGCAUGUAUUUUUUUUCAUUGCCUAUAUGCAGCAUUUUAUUUAAAAUUGCUUAAUAUUUGUCCAUCCAAAAGUGGCUUUAAAACAAGCAGCUUACUCAAUAAGAACUCAUUGCUGUUUUGUUCUGUUGCAUUAACAAUGUUUUCUUAAAAAUGUGCCUAGCAACUCUGUAUUUGUGACACACCUGGCAAAAUGUAAACAGUCUGCUAAGAGCUAAGGCACACUAUCACAGUAUGACAAGUAAAAGCAUGUCUUAUUCUGACAUGGGGUUGGAGUCGAAAGUUUCUUCCAUGAACAGAAAAGCUCAUUCUGUGGAAGAGACAAAUGUUGCUGAAGGAAAGGGGGAAGGUGAUCUUGCAGAUCCCCACUUCCUCCCUGCCUCCCCCAUGCCGCCUCAGUUUUCUGGAAGGUUCCUCAGCCCUCCAGAGUAGUUUUCCAUCUUCUGAGAGUGACAUUUCACUCCCUGGAACUUUGUGGAUCUAAGCCAGCGAGUAUAAUCAUGUUUCAGGCAUACUAAAUGGUAUCCCCACCCCAUUGCCCACCCCCGUAGUUCUCUUUUGCUUGGAUUUAGGGCAUUCCACCAAUGCCAUGUUUAGGCACGGGUAUAAUUAGUGUGGAACUUUCCAGGAAAUAUAUUUAAUGUGGAGUGGUCUGACACAAAAACCCAGCCACCUCUUGUUGGCUUACAUGAGUUGCUUCUUAAGCAUAUCUUAAAAAGAGGAAUGUGUGCAAUAUAUAUUUCACCUCAGUUUUGGACAUCUUUCGUGAACAUGUUAAAGGUGCAAUAUCUUCACUUUAAGUGGGAAACAUUUGCAAUAAUUUCCCCCUGUGGUUUGUUUUUGUACCAAUUUAACAUUGUGGGCACAUGGUGGUUGUCUGUUAAAAAUGCACACUACACUCAGUGUUUGGGUUUAGCGCUUUAAUUUGCACUCGCAUGCAUAUCAAGAGUUUGAGGUGCUUCCGAUCUUUUGGAUUUCAAAUGAUUACUUUAGGGAAACAAUGGGCAUGGUCCUGUUCCACAGGCACAGUAUUCACACCUGAAUGAUUCCCAGAGGAUCAAUAGAGCCCUGCUUCCCCAUUUUUUGUGGGCACAUAGGAAGUACAAGAGACCGUUAGGAAGAGGAAUGGAACUUUUGUACGUGUGUCUCAUUCAUAUUCGUAGUCCUUGACUGCUUGGUUGAAGUUACUCAUCCUUCUACGCACAUAUAUAGGUGGGGGUAUUGGGAGCUGAUAUAUAUUGAACUUGUUGGAAUCCUCUACAUAUUGGCGCUGCAGGUGGCCUGGAUUGUGCCCACUAGCAUUUGAGCAACUUUUAAAACUGUCACCAUAAAGCUUCAUUAACAUUUCAGUAUAUGGGUAUGUAAUUUGUGCCAUCUUAUUAUAUUGGCAAAUAUUAAGUUAUUGCAUAAAUGUUUAAGAAUAAGCAUUUUUCAUUGAAAAUUUUGUAUGUUUGCAGAUAUAUUUUUGUAAUAAAACUUCAAAGACAAA